GCAGUUGAAGUAAGAGGAGAGAGAGCAUCAAACAGCAGCAUGGAGGAUGAUGAUAGGAGGGAAACACCUGCAGGUGCAGGAAGUUGCCAGACUUGUCAGUUGACAUCUCGUGUGGCUGUUGCUGUGGCAACAACAAUCCUGGUCAUGGGACUUCUUUUGUGUUUGGUAUUAUUUGCCACGUGGACGGGAGCACCAGAAGUGGAUCAAAUCACCUCCAAAGCUUCAGGAGAGGAGCUGAUGAUGAUGAUGGAGCGACUGCAGCAGUGCCAAAAAGAGCGCCGUGAUUUGAACCUGAUGCUCCACACUGUCACUGAAGACUCCAGGUGCAGUUUGUGUCCACACGGCUGGCUGUGGUGGAGGAGUCACUGCUACUUCUUUUCAGUUGGACUGCAGGAGGAUCGUCAGUGGAAAGAGAGCGCUGAGUUCUGCCUGCAACACAACAGCAGCCUGGUUGUAAUCAAAGACUCUGCAGAGAUGGAAUUUAUCCAAGGUGUGAUGAGGAAGUUCCCUCGCUUCCCCUUCCUGUGGGUGGGACUGACGGACGCAGAGCAGGAGGGUCAGUGGCUGUGGGGGGACGGGACAGACAUCCAGCACUACAUGCCGGUGACGGUGGAGUGGGAUGCCGAUUACAGGGACUGUGCAGACCUGAGAGGAGGAGGGAGUCUCUUCGCCGCUCGCUGUGAGGCGUAUGGACCCUGGGCUUGUAAGAGAGACUCCUGA